UUACCCGACCACGGAUGGAUGUGAAGAGGGUCGACUACUGGCUGACCUAUCCUUGGACACUAUUAGUCCGUCGAGAAGAGUACUCUAGGUAGUUCCCUCCCCACCUACUGGGCGUAGUACUGUGCUCAUAGCGCGAGUUUCCGCGGACCAGCUAUGUACCUAAAAGCACCUACUAUGUACGUAUGUAUGUGCAUACCUAUGCAUACACAUACAAACACGCCCCAGAUCAAUGAGUAAGAUCAGGCGAAGCACGCCUUUCGCUUUUGGCCACAGAGGUCCGUACGUACAUACACAGUGCACACUCCAAGAUUUACUUCGUAUUCAGUCGAGUAAGUUUCGAAAUUCGGAAAGACUUCGGCAGCCAAAUAUAGCCUGGACUUUUGCCAGGAAAGUGUGCUCGUCUUCCAUUCUUGGAAGCGGGCUCGAUCGACUUAACAUUUCAGUCUUCAGAUUGCUAGUGAGACCCAAUCGCAUUACACCUUGCCUCCUCUCUCCACCCAUCCUUAAAAAACUUGUCAAAAUGCCUCCCAAGGGAUCCGGAUCUAAGAAAGCCAAGCGCAGCGGAAGCAACAUUUUUGCUCUCUUCUCGCAGAAGCAAAUCCAGGAGUUCAAAGAGGCUUUCGGUAUCAUGGACCAAGAUAAGGAUGGUAUCAUCACCUCCAGUGACCUCGUGGCUGCCUUCGCUUCCGUUGGCAAGUCCAUCUCCGACUCUGACGCGUCUGGCAUGCUCGCUGAAGCUCCCGGUCCCGUUAAUUUCACACAAUUGGUCAUGCUCUUCGCUGAGAAGAUGGCUGGAGGUACCGAUGAGGAUGAGGUCAUCUUGAAGUCUUUUGAUGCUUUCGAGGUCAGCGGAAAGAUCGACGCUGAAAUGUUCCGACACUCGUUGAUGACUUGGGGAGACAAAUUUUCCAGUGCUGAAGUGGAUGAUGCCUUCUCUGAAUUUCAAAUUGACAACGGCCAGAUCGAUGCUAACCACUUAAAAGGUCUGAUGGUGGCCAAGAAGGAGGAGGAAUAAGUUGGCCAAAUUCGAUGGGGUCAACAACAAACAUCUGUAACUAAUAACAUCAAUCAACUAUCCUGGAUGCGACUAGCAAUCUCAAUCUUCCCUAGGGCAACAAUCAAAAUUAUUGCAAUGAGAGUGAUACAUGUUGUUGUAGGUGUCUCUGGUUGGUAAUUUGAAGUGUGGCCUGCUGUUUUCAGAGAAAUAUAUGCACAUCUAUUAUUUGGAAAUUAA